AUGGCUGCUGCUGUGAGCUUUUCCCGCCGAAUACACAUACUCAUGCUUCUGUACUACUAUUCCAUAUGGUCUCUGCACCCGCCUCGUGCUACCUCGCAUUCUUUCAGCUUCAACUUCUCCCAGCCCGGUGGCUAUGACGCCCAAGAUUUCAGUUUCGAGGGCGAUGCAUACUACGACUCCCAGUCUCGGAGGAUCGAGCUGACAAAAGGCGGCGGGAGUCCAAACAUCCAAAACAGCGUGGGCCGAGCAUUGCACGCGCAGCCGGUACCGCUGUGGGAUGUCGACACUGGUGAGCUCACCCGGUUCACCACCUCCUUCACUUUCCGAAUCAAGGUAAAUGGUCCUGUCAGUGGCGAUGGCUUGGCUUUCUUCCUCGGGCAUUAUCCUCCGACAAGCAUUCCUGAUCCCCUCGACAACGGCAAGAACCUUGGACUCUUUAACCGAAACGUCAGCACGGUCGCGACUGGCGAUGAACGAGCGGUGGCGGUUGAGUUUGACACUUUCUUGAACCCCGGCAUCGACACCAGCGGCAGCCACAUGGGCAUCGACGUUAACUCCAUCAUCUCGCGGGCGUACACCAACGUGACAGUGCAUGGCAAGAACUUAACAGCCGGCCUGCCUAUGACUUGCCAUAUCAGCUACGGAAACGACACAAAAAUACUAGCCGCCGUUCUCCAGAUCGGCGACGUCACCUACCAUGUGAAUACAAGUGUUGACCUGCGUCAGCUCUUGCCCAAUGUUGUGUCCAUCGGCUUCUCGGGUGCUACUGGCGUGGCGGUCGAGCUACACCAAAUAAUGUCCUGGUCAUUCAACUCUACCUUGGAUCCGUCGCCUGCACGGAAGAUUUUGUGGAAACAAAUAGCAGUGGUAACUGGGCCAAUUAUUGGAGUUAUUGCAAUCGUGUGCUCCUUUGUUGGAGUCCGUCGAUGGCAGCUGUGCACAAGAAAGAAGCCAUACAAAGCUCUCGCGAAUGGCCGUAAACAUAUUGGGUAUCAUAAGCUGGCACGUGCGACCAAAAAAUUCGCAGAAGAAAACAAGCUUGGUCAAGGAGGUUCUGCCUUUGUUUAUCGGGGCCUUUUGAAAGGUAGCCAGGUGGCUAUAAAGAGAUUCAAGCUGGUUCCAUCGGGCGAGGGGAGGAAGGCGUUCGAGGAUGAACUCAUGAUCGCUAGUCGCCUACGGCAUAAGAAUCUUGUCAAGUUGAUAGGCUGGUGCUACGAUGGCCAGAGGAACCUGGUUGAGUUCAUCUGCUGGUGGUGGGACGAAAGGCACGAGAUUAUCCUCAACCUAGGUUCUGCACUACAAUACCUCCAUGUAGAUUGCGAGCAAGAUCAACAGUGUAUCGUACAUGGUGAUAUCAAAUCGAGUAACAUAUUACUUGGCUCUUCGUCUGUUGCCAAGUUAGGUGACUUCGGAUUGGCAAGAUUCGUUCACCACGAAACCGGGUCACAGACCACAAAUGUUGUACAGGGCACUUUUGGAUACAUAGAUCCUGUGUUCAUUGACACGAGCAAACGGAAUAGGGAGUCAGACAUCUACAGUUUCGGCAUCGUCCUACUAGAGAUGGUCUCUGGAAGGAACCCAACAGAUCAGGAUAUGCCUCCAUUGUCCACAUGGGUAUGGAGUAAGUACAACGGGAAUGUGAUCCUGGAGGCCGUAGACGAAAGGCUGAUGAACGGCCAGUCUACUAAUGGCCUUCAGCAGAUGAAGCAUGCACUACUCAUCGGACUCUUGUGCGCGCACCAGGACCCGAGCAGCCGACCGUCCAUCACCGACGCCAUGAAUGUCCUUGGAUCGGAUUCCGAGGAGCUGACACUGGACAUCACUCCCCUAGAGGCGGUGACACACUCACUGCCAUUAUCUUUGUAG